AUGGACGACCUCCUCGACCUCUCCUGGGCCCCGAAGCCCACCGCCCCCUCUGUCCCCCAGCCCCCAGCCAAAGGCUCCACUCCCACGUCUUUCGACUUUCUCUCCAUACAGCCCCAGAAAGCCCGCUCCUCCACUCCAAAUUACGCCCCGGAUCUACUUCCCUCGCGCUCGUCUACCUCCACGCCUGCUCCCCCUCCUGUGUCUACUCCUGCCUCCUCCCAGGCCAAGCCGGAUGCUUUCUCGGGACUCCUCUCCCUAGGCGGCCCGGCCGCCAGCAAUGACACCAAACAAAUGACUAUCGCCCAGCGCCAGGCAGCCCUCGCAGAAGAGAAAAGAAAGAGUGAUGAAGCCCAGAAAAAGAAAUAUGAGGCAGAAAGUCAAUUCUGGGACAAUCUGGGCAGCUCUAGCUCUACAUCAGCCACUCUGACGGGUAAUGCUGGGCAAGGCAAUGCUAGCCUUGACGACUUUCACGACUUCUUGCAGCCUUCGAUCAAACCGCAUGCCUCCUCGGGGCCUUCAAGCGCCAAAUCCAGUGGGCUCCCUUCUGCUACAAACACCAGCAAAGCGUCCCAGGGUACAUUUUGGAGUCGCUUUGGCAACGAAGAAGACUUGCUGUCCCCCUCCAAUUCUUCUGGACCCGUAUCUCGUCCCCACACCAGGGUGCACACCCCUGCCCCAGCUCUUCCCCCUGCAUCUUCAAUAUCCACCUCCACCGACCCGUUCGACUUUGAAGUCUUCGAGUCGACCAUGAACUCGGUAAAGCCGGGCAGUGCGGUCAAGCAAGCAAAGUCGUCGGAAAUGAAGGUGCCUGUGUCAGACUUUGACCUCCGUGAUGAUGGGGAAGGUGACCUUUUGGGGGGACUGGGGAGAUCAGCCGAACCUUUAGGGCCUGCUCGGCCCCCCAAAUCAUCGCCGAAUAGAAAGCCCCAGCGAACACAUUCUCCACCCCCUCAUAUCGUCGGCCAAAUUGUUGAGAUGGGAUUCUCCCCCACGCAGGCCCGUUCGGCUCUUGCAAAGACCUCUACAGGCCUUGACGUCCAAGUCGCCCUCGAGAUUCUGCUCCGAUCACCCGGUCCUUCCCACCGGAUAGCGCCUCGAGACGAUAUGGGAGAGGCCGAAGACGAUGUCGUCGAGUAUGAAAGGAUCAAGAGAGAAGAGGCGGAGAAGGAGAAGCGGGGGAGAAGACGGGCGGGGCCGUCUCGCGAUUCUGUACAGCCUCGAACACCCGCCGAACGUGAGAACGAGACUCAGUCUCAAGAUCAAGCCGAACGCAUCAUUGCGCAAGCUUCAGAGCUCGGACAAGGCCUAUUCAACAAGGCUUCCGUGUUCUGGAGCCAGGGCAAAGAGAGAGCUUUAAAGGUGUACGAAGAGCAGAGGAAGGCCAUGGAAGCUGCUGCUGCUACUGACGGGAGACGGGACGGUAGGGGUGGGUCUGAGAGAAAGGCGGAUGGGCGACCGAAAUGGAUGCAGGACGCCGAAGAGUGGAAGGGCGAAGACACAGGAGAAGCGGGGGCUGGUGGCUUCAUAGAUAGCGAUAAGGAGGAUGAGCCAACGCACGGGCCAUCUCGGCCUGCCGCUGCUAGGAGACGCGAAGGGGCCCAAAAAUCCGCCGAGAAAAGGCCUGCAGUUGUCACUCGGGACAAGGAUGCGAAUCUCCUCUUUGGUGGAGAUGAUCCUCUUGGAUCCCGACCUUCUUCUGCCGCCCCUGCAUCUCCACGACACAAGCCCUCUCAGCCCCCACGAGCGCCUAUCAAGUCUUCCACGCCUCUCCCACUUCGGGCUAUCAUCUCGGCUGACGCUCAGCAACUCCAGAAGUCUCAAACCCACAAGACAAAGGGCAACGAGCAUUUCAAACUGGGCCGUUUCACGGAAGCUGAGUCUGCAUACACACUUGCAAUCUCGUCCCUUCCCGAAGGCUGUCUCUUCCUCGUGCCUCUACUUAACAAUCGGGCUACAACAAGAUUGAAGCUUGGCGACUUCACAAGUGCCGCGGAGGACUGUACCUCUGCCAUCGCUAUCAUCUCCCCCUCCUAUCAUCCGUCCAAAGAGGCGCCUUUACCGAUCGAGUAUGCCGACAUCAAACUCGGUGAUGCGUUGACCAAAGCAUUGACAAAACGGGCACAGGCUUGGGAGAUGGGAGAGAAAUGGAAGCAAGCGCUGGAAGACUGGGAGAGAACCAUGAGUUUAGAUUCUGCUAUCCUGGGUGGAAAGGUGGCCAGCACGAGAAAGCUGGCGGCGGAGGGCGCAAGGCGAGCGAGAAACAUGAUUGCAGAUGGACAGGCCACGCCCUCUGCUCCUGUAUCUCGUCCGGUCUCCAAACCUGCGCCCGGACCAACGCCUGCCCCACCUUCCAGGCCGGUGGACGUCAAUCGCUCCGCUGCAGUUGCCGACCUCCGCAAAGCUGCCCAGGCGCUCGAGGCCGAGGACGCUGCUCGUAGCGCCCACAAAGACGCGGUGGAUGCCAAACUCGGCGCGUGGAGAAAUGGCAAAGAGACAAAUAUCCGGGCACUCAUUGCGAGUCUAGACACGGUGCUUUGGGACGAGGUCAUGAAGGGGGGUCUGAAAGUGGGGAUGCACGAGUUGAUCACGGAUAAGCAGGUCAAGAUCAAGUACAUGAAGGUCGCCGCAAGACUGCAUCCUGACAAGCUGAACGUCAACAACACAACUGUCGAGCAGCGAAUGUUGGCCAACGGCGCAUUCGGUACUUUGAGCGAAGCGUGA